AUGCCUUACCUCAAAAUCAUACGAGUGAUCUCCAACAGAUCCAAAGCCUUUGGUCUUACACGUGCCGAGAACGCUUCUAUUCCAACGGCAUAUCACAAUCUCAUCAGCGGCAAAUAUCAUGCCUCAGGGGAGAAAGAUGUCACCGUGAUCCAGAAAGCUCGAGAAAAGUAUAACGCCGAUCUGGCACAGAUGGUUAUAGCAGAUGAACCAGAUAUAGUUGUCUGUGCUGGCUGGAUGCACGUCUUUGAUGAGCACUUUUUGGAUCCAUUGACAGAGAAGAAGAUCCCAGUCAUCAACUUACACCCUGCGUUAUUUGGCAAAUAUGAUGGCAAGGAUGCUAUAAAACGAGCUUAUGACGACUAUCACAAGGGCCAGUUAGAGAAUAACAGGACCGGCAUCAUGGUUCAUUAUGUUAUAAGAGAUGUGGACCGAGGAACGCCGAUUAUACAGAGGGAGAUUGAGUGUAGGCCAACGGAAACAUUGGAUGAGUUGACAAACCGGAUGCACGAGCAGGAGCACGAACUUAUUCUGGAGGGAACUGCUAUGGCAAUAACCAAACUCUGGGAAGAAAGGGGCCGCACAGCAGCUUAG